UCGUCGUUGAACACUGACAACGCGCGUUCGGUUUGAUCCCUUCGGAUUGGGAGUUCUAAAGAGUGCAAUGGUGCACGGACGCGAUCGAUCGCCUCUGCAAGAGUGAUCUUUUGAUCGUUCUUUUGUGUUUGUUGUGUGGUGUGGCGGCCGCCGGUCUUCUCGCGAUCGCGUCGUUUUUGUUUGUUUUUCACAAUCUCAAUGCCCUUUAUCACGAUCACGAUCGCGAUCGAGAAGAUCGCGUCUUGGUGUUUUAUCGUGCGUGAGAAGUCGGCGAUGUGAAUCAAUGAACCGACUACGAACGUAGACUUCGACGGUGUGUAAUCGACAAAAGAAGAUCAACAAGUGCGCGAACCAAGAAGAAAGGUAUGUCGGUUUUUGUUGUUCUUGGACGACGACGACGAGGACUGUUCGGUGGUUACAAAACAGGUUUUCCCUGGUGGUGAUUCGCGUUUGCAGAUUGCAAUAAAACUUCGCAUGCGAAGGAAGAUCGUUGCCGCAGGGCGAUCGAGUGCAGGUAGUGGUUGUUCCGCGCGGCGUAGUAGUGGUCCAGCGAGGACGCGCACUCAAGUGUUGCAGACACAGGGCGAAUUGCAUCACAGAUCGAGUGCGAUCGAAUUCGGCUUGCUUUGGAGUGACCUUUGACAUGACCUAAUCGGGCGAAGCAUUUUGUAGUCGUAGUUGCAGGCGUGAGUGACAGUUUCGGCCGCGGAGUGGCCGGUAAUGGCGUGAUCGCCGGUAUAUCGUCGAUCGAGUCGUGUUAAGAGAAAAGUGCGAUCAGCUGCAAUUAGUGCCGGUUGGAUUGAAAAACAAAACUCUUCGACGACGACGACGACGAGAGGUGUGUGUGGUGUGCGCUUUCAACAGGUGAUCGUGUGCGGGUGUCGGCCGGCGAAGUCAUCAACGGUCCAGUGAGGAAGGUCUUUUAAAAAUUGAGAUCAGUGCCGACAUUUCGUCAAUCCGAAGCCUUCGGCUUCGCUCGCUAGACAGUAGUAGAAAGGUGUAUGGUAGUUGAUAUGAAUUUUCAUUUCCGUCGCUCGACGAUGACGGUGAGGGGAUGCCACCACCGGUGAAUUGGCAAUCAGGGAAAAAGAGAGCCGGCGAAAUCUCCGAUGCGGGGUGAUCCCAGCGAUUCGCGGUUUGAUGAUCAAUUCAAGACGCUCGAAAGUGAGACUUCGGGUGAUCACGCGUUCGCCGGGUGUAUCAAUAUUGGCAAAUGAAAUUCGUUAACCUAGAAAACAAAAAGUUUGACAAAUGAUGCAGUGAGCCCAGCGAAACAAAAACCCAAAUUAGUGUACGCCUUUGUUGAGGGAAGAUCAUCUCGUGAAGAGAAUCGAAGAAAAAAGAUCAAGAGUGUGGUGCAAUUAUCGGUCACUGACUGAUACUUGUUUUUGUCCGGUGCGAGACGAGAAUUCGACAAAAGUGAUCAACAAAGGUGCAUUUGUGUAAUUGUGUGUGUGUGCGCGCGUGAGUGUUUUACCAAAGUGGAUUAACCAACCUGACGACGACGAAGAUCGUCGAUCGAGAUUUGCAUCUGCUGAAAUUCCAGCCAACUCAGCCAGAGACCAUGGCUUCCUACAACGAGCUCGACUUCGAGUGGUCCAUACUCUGUGGGAAGGACUGCAAGAACUGGAGUCAUUCAGAUCUGCAACUGGCAGCGGAGCUUGGAAAGACGCUGCUCGAACGGAAUAAGGAACUGGAAACUUCGCUCAAACACCAUCAGAAUAUCAUCGAAGAUCAGGCACAAGAGAUCGAGUACUUAACGAAACAGAAUGGCGCCCUGCGGGAGGUCAACGACUCGCGCAUGAAAAUCUACGAACAGCUGGAAGUCAGCAUACAGGACCUCGAACGGGACAAGUACAAGUUAGCGUUAGAAAACCAAGCCGAAAAGAAGCAUGUCAAAACCCUGUGUCGCAACAUUGAAACCCUGGAAUCCAAGGUCGAAGAACUGGGCAAAACACUGGACGACGUCCGGAGGCAGCUGGAGGCGGAGCGGAAGAAAAACGAACGGUUGCAGAACGACAGCAGCGAUGGCCGACGGAACGGCAAGGAUGGCGUCCUGCUGCGACCGGUUGGAUCGGACCUGGGCGACGGCGACGCCAGCGGACCCGAGGAAGAUGAGAUCACCGAAAUCGACACUUCCCGACCGGAGAACUUCUCGUUCGCCUUCCGGGACCAGUCGCACUCGACGGACGUCACCGACGGCAGCCAUCUGGGAAUCAGCCAACACCAGCAGAACCUCUCCGAUCUGAACCUGGCCGAGGAGAACGAAGAACUGAUCCGGAUAAUGCAGGAGCUGGAGAAGACCCGCAAGUGUUUCAUCGCCGAGCAGAACCGGGUGGCCGAACUCGAGGAACAGCUGGCGGCCAUCGCCCAGGAGAACCAGAUCCUCCAGAGCAAGAUAGUGCAAAUCAACACCACCGAGGAGAUGAAGUCCGUGCACGAGGAGCUGUCCAUCCUGGAGGAAGUCAGGUUAGUGGGGCAAGGCCAAAUGUGCACCCGCUGCCUGCGAGGCUUCGAAGACCGAACGGGUCCGGGCGAUGAUGACGAAUCGAUCCUCACUGGAACCGAGGGUGACGACCGCAGCCUGAUGGAUCUGAUCCAGAAUGCGGACGCCCCCCAGGUGUACCGGUCCUCGGUCACGAUCAAGACUACUUCUCCUAAGCCAGAUACCUUGGAUCUGUCGGGAGCUAGCUCGAACAAUCCAUACCGGGAGCUGGUGGCGAAAUAUGAAGCGCUACUGGAGGUGCAGAGGAAUUCGGUGACUCGGAAGCAGAGUAGUGGACCAGCUACGAAUGCUUCGUCCGGGCAGCCGCAACUGCAGCAGCAGCCCAUGGACGGAGCGGUUUCUCAGCAUCCUCAUGAAGAGCUCGGAUCGGGCGAUUUCAGUUCGUUGAACACCAAGUUCACGGACGAAGAUGGCAGCAAGAAGGACGAUCAGAGCAGCAAUGGAACGAGGCGGAAGAUUGGCCUCCGAACUCCGACGGACUUUUCCGAAGCGGAGACCACCAGUUCCGGGUUCUCGGACGAGAUCAGCAACAAGGCAACGCAGACCGAUGAAGGUCCCAGGAACUUCCUGUGCACGAUUGCCGACGAGAACUGCAAGUUCAGCAUUUAUGAGGACCAGACGGUGAUCGACUCUAGGUUCCGAUUCAGCCCUUCGCAUCGAGAGCUGUUCCGGGAGAUCUUCACCAUCCUGAAGAAGGCGGCCAACAACCGUGACGAAGGAGAGCAGUUGCCGUUGUUGGAUGACCAGAACCCGCCAACAGCGAAGGCUGCAACGGCUCCGAAGGUACCACCGGUGACACCGGCCAAUGAUGAACCCCCGAGCGAGUUUGGCGACGAUACCCAGAGCGUCAUUUCGUCGGCUGUUUCCGAACAGUCAUUUGCCAUGUCCGAGUGCAUCACCAAGUCGGAGCGGAAGAAGAUCGAGAAGCAGACCAAGUACGCGGAGAAGCACGGCGAACAGGAAAACAAGCCUCCGGUAGGAGUGGCUGCGCUGCCUGACGGACGGAUCUUGACACCGUACAAGCGCCAGCCCUUGGAAUAUCUCAGCGUUGCCGUGGGCGUCAACAAGAAGAAGUCCCGUCGUCGUCGCAACCGUGGAGAUAACCUGGAUCGCUCCGACUCUCCAAUUGCCCUGCCAACUCCUCCGCGGGUCUACACCAGCACCGGCAAGAAAGGACGCAGUUCGUACCGCCCUUGGAACCCGAACGAACCAGUGGCAAGCCCAGCCACCGCCGCCAACUCCUCCGCUUCCACUGCUACGGUAGCUUCCGAGUGGAACGGCAACUCCAUGACCAUCUACAACCGCAGCGUCAACUCCCCAACCCCGAACUCUUCCUCGCAACGCAGCGGCCAAAACUUCCGCAGCUCAACCGCCAGCAGCAGCAGCAGUGCCAAUCGGAACACCUCCGCCGGAAGUGCCAGCAGCAACCGGUUCGCUGACCUCACGGACGAAAACGGCGAUGCCGUUGUCCAGUUCAAGCCCUCCUCUGCCAGCCAAGAUCUGCACAAACUGAAGAAACUGGACCUGUCGUACGCGGAAGUUCUGCGCCGAGCCGACCACUGCAAGCAUCACAGCCAGCGGCGCCAGCAGCACCAUCACCAACACAAGUAGGCGACGCCGCCUCUGCACGCAGGUAAAUGACUUUGAAUGUGUUUGUGUCAUCGUCGCCACGAAGCGGGGCAAACGUCAAAAAACGGUCUUGUGUAAUUUUUUUUAUAAGAAUAAUCGUGACGAGCAUGUGCAAGAUUAGCGUUAAGAAGCAAACUAACGACAACAAGUUUCCAACAGUUUUCAUGUUCUUAAAUUUUUGAUAUUCGGACUGGCAAGUCCUGAGGGUAAAUUUGACAGAAUAAAGCAAAACAACAAGCAGAACCAGUAUUAAGAAAUUGCUGACCCCAAAUAAAAACGAGGUUCGAACUACUUGAGCUUCUUUACUUGCGAUUGAGUCGGUCUGUUGGAUGGUUAUAAGUUCGAGCAUAACCUAAUUCUUUCAAAAGCCAUACAGGUCGAUUCGUUCGUCUGGGUCUACUCCGUUAGGUAUAAAACCGUUUUCCAUAAUAGUCGUUUGACACUAAAAUGACAUAAAAAUGAUAGAUGCUACUUGAGUAAUUGAAAUGUCUAACGACUAUUAUGUCAAAGGACCAUCAUGUCAAACACCCCCGUAUGCCACACGGCAUUAUACCAAGCGGCGUCGACAUCUUCUUACAAACAAAACGACGUAAAUAAUGAGAUCCUGAUUUAAUGAGUAAUAUAUAAACAUCACACACACACACACAAAAUAUUUAUCUUACAAAAAAAAUGCAGUGCACGAAAGUAAUAAGGUAAAAAAUCAGAAAACGUACGCCAUAUUGAUUAGUUUGUUUGCGGGCGCCGGAGAGAGCCGCUCCCUCGAUUUGUGACAGCAGGAGGAACUUCCUAGAAGGGACCUAAAAGCCGCGUUGGAGUAAAACCAUUUAUUUAGCAAUUGUUAACUACCCUUAGCUUUAAAUUGGCAACAAAACCACGUGUUCGCUGAACCAUUAUUUUAUUUAGAAGAAAAACAAAGUAGGCUUCGUUUUGGUUAUUGUCGUUUAUUAGUAAUAUUAUUGCCACAUCGAAGUAGGCCGAUGCGAGCAUUGUCAUCACCUAUCGCCGCAAUCUGUCAAAUGUGGGUGAUGACAGUGAUCGUAGUAGUCUGCGGAGAUCGUUAUUGCGCUUUGGUCUUAUUAAAGUUCUUAGAUUUUUUAAAAGUCUGAUGAUAGAGCAUGCGUGCGAUGCGAGAGAAUGAGAAGACUGCGCGAACGGGAAGAGUGCCGAGCAUUCGAACGUGUAAACACGAUACCCAAUUUAGUAGAAGAUAAGAAAGCCAAUCAUUCAACCAACCAACUAAUUAUACUCACUCUUAAUGCGUAAACGAAACAAAAAAAAAGACAAAUGGCAAAUACUUCAGUGGUUGUACUCCCGACUCCCGCAACUUAAUAACAACCGAAAAUCUUAAGCAAACAACACUUACUAAUUCACUUACAUUACAAUUACAAACAAGUUCAAAACUUUCCUGAUGUAUGUAAACAAACAAACAAACA